CAGGAUGUAGCGGUACAUGUAUCGGGCUUGCUUCGUAUCAAUCCAACCACCAGAACUCCGUCUCUCUAUUCAUGUCGACGCGGCGAGUCGUUUUUGGGGUAUGGGCAGUGUGAGGACUGUCCACGGAGACGACUAACGUUUGAAAAAUGUCCAACAUUCUUGAUGCGGCGUCCAAAAUAAAAUGGGACCGCGCGGCCGCUGCGAAGAGAGCCGUGUUUCUUGCAGCCGCUGCUUACGGUGUGAAAACACUGUACCCCGUCAUCUGCAGGCGGCUCCGCAAAACUAAAGACACCGGGAGUGAUCGUCGGGCUUCAAAGGCGGAGAACGGCUCCACUCUGUUGGUAAAAACACAGAUAUCUGCCGCAAGUCAUAAGACGCCGUCGCCUGGGGUAAAUGCGGAAUUUUUCAAGCAGAUCCUCGAACUCGGCAAGAUCCUCUUCCCCAAGCUCGUGUCCAAAGAGCUCGGGUUGCUCUCCUUGCACUCGGUGGCGCUAAUAUCGAGGACGUUUCUGUCCAUCUACGUGGCCAGCUUGGACGGAAAGAUUGUCAAAACGAUAGUGGAGAAGGAACCCAAGAGAUUCAUCUUCCAGCUGAUGAAAUGGCUCCUCAUCGCCAUCCCGGCCACCUUCGUCAACAGCGCCAUCCGCUACCUGGAGUGCAAACUGGCCCUGGCCUUCCGCACCCGGCUGGUGAACCAUGCCUACCGGACCUACUUCACCAAUCAGACCUACUACAGAGUCAGCAACAUGGACGGGAGGCUCGCCAACCCGGACCAGUCUCUCACCGAGGACGUGAUGAUGUUUUCUCAGUCGGUGGCCCACCUCUACUCCAACCUCACCAAGCCGAUCCUGGACGUGGUGCUGACCUCCUACACGCUGAUCCAGACCGCCCGGUCCAGGGGGGCCAACGCCAGCGGGCCGACCUUGCUGGCCGGCCUGGUGGUCUUCAUCACGGCCAAGGUCCUGCGCGCCUGUUCGCCCAGAUUUGGCAAGCUGGUGGCCGAGGAGGCUCAGCGGAAAGGCUUCCUGCGCUAUGUCCACUCCAGGAUCAUCGCUAAUGCAGAGGAGAUCGCUUUCUACAGGGGACACAAGGUGGAGAUGCGUCAGCUGCAGAAGUGCUAUCGGGCUCUGGCAGAGCAGAUGCACCUGAUCCUGUCCAAGCGUCUCUGGUACAUCAUGGUCGAGCAGUUCCUCAUGAAGUACGUGUGGAGCGCCUGCGGGCUCGUCAUGGUGGCGGUGCCAAUCAUCACGGCUACCGGCUUCGCUGACAACAAAACAGCAGACGGGCGCACGCAUGUGAUGGUGAGCGAGAGGACGGAGGCUUUCACCACAGCCCGCAACCUCUUGGCCUCAGGCGCUGACGCCAUUGAGAGGAUCAUGUCCUCCUACAAAGAGGUCACAGAGCUGGCAGGAUACACCGCACGUGUCCACAACAUGUUCGUGGUAUUUGAGGACGUCCAGAAGGGAGUUUACAAGCGCUCCUCUGUGUCAACCACGACCGGAACAGAAAAGAAGAGCAAGCCUGAGAUGCACAUAGAUGGACCACUGGAGAUAAAGGGUGAAGUGAUAGACGUGGACAACGGCAUCGUGUGCGAGAAUGUCCCAAUUAUCACACCGAAUGGAGACGUAGUAGUGUCUUGCCUGAACGUUAAGGUGGAAGAGGGCAUGCAUCUAUUGAUCACGGGGCCUAACGGCUGUGGAAAAAGCUCUCUGUUCAGGAUCCUUAGCGGCUUGUGGCCGGUCUACGGCGGUCGCCUAUACAAACCCUCUCCCCAACAUUUGUUCUACAUUCCUCAGAGGCCGUACAUGUCCAUGGGUUCCCUUCGAGACCAGGUGAUCUACCCAGACUCGGUGGAGGACAUGGCUGCCAGAGGCCUCAGUGACAAGGACCUGGACAUUAUCUUGGACAUAGUCAACCUCUACCAAAUUGUCACCCGAGAAGGAGGCUGGGACGCCGAGAUGGACUGGAAGGACGUGCUGUCAGGAGGCGAGAAGCAGAGGAUGGGCAUGGCUCGCAUGUUCUACCACAAGCCCAAAUAUGCGCUGUUGGAUGAGUGCACCAGCGCUGUGAGCAUUGACGUGGAGGGGAAGAUUUUCCAGGCUGCUAAGGACGCCGGCAUCUCUCUGCUCUCCAUCACACACAGACCUUCCCUGUGGAAGUACCACACCCACCUGCUCCAGUUCGACGGGGAGGGAGGCUGGCGCUUCGAGCAGCUGGACACGGCGACGCGUCUCUCCCUGACCGAGGAGAAGCAGCGGCUGGAAACCCAGCUGGCCGGCAUUCCCGAGAUGCAGCAUCGCCUCAACGAGCUCUGCAAGAUCCUGGGGGACGACUCUGUCCUCAAGACAGACGAGGAGUGAAUGGAUUGGAAGGGGAGGGGAGGCCGAAAGGGGGAAGAGAAGAAAGGGUGAGACGCAAAGAGGCCAUGAAAGAAUCAGAAAGCUGUCAGGGUUUGAUGUUUUUUUUAUAUCUUCAGGCUGGUUUCUUUUGUUUCUUUGGUUAAAGCAGCGGAGCUCUUAAAGCCAGUCUUUCAACCCUCCUUCCCUCCACUCCACCUAGUUUUAAUCCCUCCUUUUGUCCUUCUCCAACAGGAGCAGUGGAGGGAGGCCAGUGAAGUGGAAUCAAAGUAUUAUCCCUAAUUCUUACGCACAUCAGGCGCAUACUCGGUUGUAGAUUUCUUUUUUUUUUUAAAUGUGCUUUUAGCGCAUGUCAUUUUCAAUAACAUGGCAAAAAUGAAUACAAAACAAAAGCAACCGAGAUAAUUUAUUUGUUUAUUUUAUUGCACUUUAAUCUGAUUUUAAAAGCCCUGUUUCCGUUUGUGGUGCUAGCUCACAGGGAAAGAAGAUGAUAGCUGUGUUCUGCUGGAAAACUUUUAAUGUAGAAAAAAUAUCAAUGUCCGCAGCAGUAUUCCACACCCGGUAUACUGGGUUGUGCAAGAUCCACAUUUUGUUAUAAUUCAGCAGUUGAUUUUAGUUUUUACUUAACUCAAUGUUGCCUCUUUAGUUAUUUUUUUUGUUGAUUUUGUGUUUCUGGUCGCAGUACAAUUCAUCUUUUUAAUACCUCAUCUUAGCCCUUGCUAGGACCCAGAACCACAGAUGUGGCGCCCCCCUCACUCAAGUUGUAAACCGUGAGGAAACACUGACCUUAUUCGAAACCGACAAAGAAAAGCGAGCCCACCGAGGGUCCAUUAUUAGAGCGAUUAGUUAUGCAACUCCAGAACUAUACUACUGCUUUCUGGUUUGUGGAGCAAACACAAUUAGCAUCCGAGCCCGGUAGCCUGGUCUAUAAAUAGUCCCACACAUACUGUACAUGGAUGAACAGGUAGCCAUUUAGAUGAUAGAACUGGCGGAUACGCGUAGACCCAUCAACCACCUGCAGCCCCCCCUCCCCCCUCCCCACGCUGCAUGCCAGAUGCCUGCUUUGUCUGUGGGGCUCAGUGGGUCCUGUUCUGCCGGUUGGGAUGCGCAUUCUGGCAGGAUUCUACAAAACAAUGGGCCAAGACAUUAUGCUAAUCUACUCCAGGGACACUUCCUAAAAGUUUGAAGGAAUACUCAACGUCUGCAUUUCUCAAGUGGGUCAGCUUUUAAACUGGUGAAGUGUAUUGAUCUCCUCGUGUCAUUAUGUUAAGGUAUAUGAGGCCACACUGGGUUUUUACGUCAUUAGUUUAUUGAAACAUGGGGCUAAUAUUUAGUAGUAGUACAGUUUUCAUAUUCAGCACCUUGAUUGUCUCACAAUUGGUGACGGCAUGAAUCUUUGGCUACGUGCAGGAACUACAGUGGUUCGAUUGGUUUUCCUAGUUUAGCCCACGUGUUUGUUACCGGCAACUCGUCCAAAGUUUUGAUACUGUGAAAUCUGCGAUUUGUUGUGGUGGUUCCUGUCGUGGUUGUGACUGCUCUCCCAGUCUGUAAAUGUCUUGGUUUGGACUUGUGCCGGUGCUCGCUGUGUCCCGCAGAAAGAGUCCAAGGAAAUGUAAAUGAGGCAGUUUUCUUUUCUGAUGAAAAUGUUUGGUUUGUGGAGCGAUCUUUGUAUUUUAAAAGCAAAAAGCACCUAAAAUAAUUGCACUUCCCUCCUUCAUGACACUCUCAUUAAAUGACAGCAAUUCAAUUUGCGAGAGCGCUUUUGGAACAUGUACCUUGCUAAUACCUGAAUGUACUUGCAGGACACAAUCCAUGUCACUCUCUUAUAUCAAAUCAUCUAUUUUGUUAUUAUGCCUCUGUGGUUAAUGCGCCACCGUAACUGUGCACGCAGAGAACAGACAAUCAAUCACAUGAGCAGCACAGUACGAACUCACGCAAAGCGCCACCUCAAACCACACCUUCCGGCUUGUUGUUGUGUGCACAAAAAUAGGUAAAUGAGUACCGGUUUUAGGGUAAUGCACCUGCGUCAACUGCCUUGUUGUGGAACUCAUAAUGUAAACAGUCGACUUCGUCUCCCUCCGGCCUUUUUCUAGUGCAACAUCUUUUCCCCCGUAGAGGCCUUUUGCUACCAACCCCCCUUUUUGGCUUUUAGUGUACGGUUGGGAGAAAAAGGACUCAAGUCCAUUUUGCAGCCCUGCUCCGCUCAGGAAGUUGGCUCUUUGGUUACAGAAGGACAAAUGUAACCCCCCCCCCCCCCACCCUCACCGAAAUGUGAGUACACUAUUGAUUAAUGUUAUUUUAAUCUGGAUGGCUUUGACUUGCCGAGCAAGAAAGAAAAUCACACCGGCAGGCCUUUUGGAAAUCUACGUCUUCCGCGCGGGUCCGACUCUGUUGACAGGAGGCCAGACAAGCCGCCGAAUGACACACGAGUCUGUCACUGGAACGCAAGGUCAGCCGGUGUGUGGCAUCCGUAGGCAAGGCGGUAGCUUUAUAAGUAAGAAAUACUUUUAGGUUGUCUUUCAAAGGACGGGAUAAGAAACAACGAGGUGCCAUUUUCCAAACAUGCUUCAUGCUUUGCAAUAACUUUCCGAAAGUGGGAGUAUUUAUAUAUAUUUUUUCCUGGUUCGAUUUGGUUAAUGACCCUUUAGGUGCUAUCUUGUUUCUGCUGCCACAAUAGCUUUUGCUAGUACAAUAUUUGAAUAGCUACUAACUUCAAGAUAAACAAAUGUCUAUUGAUUUUAUCUUUAAACAUGGCACCUCGUCAUUUCUCCCCCCAUUCAGAAACCAGUGAGGUUUGGCCUCUAGUGGCUGGCUGCGCUGCAUGACCCUGCUGUAUACUGUUAAUACUGAGACAACUUUGAUAUUGAAAGGUUCCCCUCAUAGAUUCCCUUUUGUAAGUAAUCAAUCGAAUGUAUCCAUCAUGUAUGAUAAAACAUCUCUUAUGACGGUUAUGAAAACAAUGAAUUCAUGUGAUCAGGUCAUACAGGUUCCCUUCUGGUUUGAUAAUCGAUCAUUUUAUAAUUGUGUUGAGCUGUGGAUGUGACAUUAUUUUAUCAGCGCAACCUGGUGGGUGUUUGACUGGGGAUUUACUGUACAUGUGGACUGUGAAAUAAAGAAUGUUCGUGUAGGACAGAACAACAGAACCACACGUAGGUGUCAACGCCAGGGACUUUGUAAUCACAUCAGAAUUACAGUUUGCAAUCAAGACUCCCAGACAUAACUAAUUAUUUUUAACUUCUUAAACUUCCUUUAUAUGGAUCUCAUUAUGCAUGUGUAGGAAACUGUAUUCUUUAACCUUAGAACCAGGAGAGGUACAUCGGCAAAAAGGUAAUCUGUAUAAAAUAUUCAUGUGCUACGGUCACUUUAUGUUGAAAGAUGAAGAUGUAUUUUCUUGUUAAUAAAAACAAUACAGUACAACUUUAAAAAAA